UAGCACUUUCUUUCCAUUUCCAACUAUCUCCAAAUGAACUUGUCAAGCAACUUCCUUCAUCUUUCUAAGCUGACCCUCCUGGCUGCUUCAAUUUUCCAAAUUCAAAAAUUGUAUAAAAGACCCUCCAAAUCCCCUCAAACAACAACAUUUCUCAUCUUCAUAGGCUAAAUAACAAUAACAACUUAACAAAUUUUAUUUCACCCCCUUAAUAUUUGCACAUAUCUGCAGCCAUGGUUAUUCUUAGAGAAAUUGACUUCCUUAUUUCUGAGGGGAAGGCAUCACAGAAUGAUGGCAACUCAACUUCUCCCUUGUUAGGUUUGGUGGACCUUUCCUUGUACUAUACAUGUUUCUACAAACUCCAGAGUUUUUUCGUAAGUUUCUGGGUUUUUCUUCUGUGCCAACUUUUUUCUAAUGACUCAAGGGUGAGGGGAGAGGAGCAGGUAUCAAAGCCUGAGGAGUUUAGCCACCAAGAGAAUGAGUCAAAGAGAAGCUUAGAUAGUGAGAAUUAUCUUGAGACGGAUGAGGUCACAAUGGUGAUGGCAAAACUUGGAUUUUUUUGCAGCUCAGAAAGUGAGGAACUUCAGGAGAAGUAUGGUUCCAAGGAGCUUUCUAAACUGUUUGAGGAGCAGGAGCCAAGUUUGGAGGAGGUGAAGCAGGCUUUUGAUGUUUUUGAUGAGAACAAAGAUGGCUUUAUUGAUGCUAAGGAGUUGCAGAGAGUUCUUUGCAUUUUGGGAUUGAAGGAAGCAGCAGAACUUGAGAACUGCAACAAGAUGAUCAGGAUCUUUGAUACAAAUCAGGAUGGAAGAAUUGAUUUCAUUGAAUUUGUAAAAAUUAUGGAAAAUCGCUUCUGCUGAUUUGUCUCUUUUAUUAUCUACAUAAUAAUGAGUUAGUUUAAUAUGUUCUCUGA